CAGUAGCUACUACGUGGUCAUGGACUGGUUUUCAUGGCUCUCCAAAACUAGCCUCGACCCUUCUCUUGUUUAUGAAUAUGCCCUUAUUUUUGCACACAAUGAGCUUGUACAAGAUGACAUAGCUUACUUCAACCAUGAAUUUCUACAAAGUAUGGGCAUUUCUGUGGCCAAACAUAGGCUAGAAAUACUUAAACUUGCUAGGAAAGAGAAGAGUAAAAGCUCAAGAAAUCAUAUGUUAUGGCUAAUAUUAGCCAUCAAGCAAACAAAGAAACUUUUUACUAAGCGCAUGAAAAUGUGGACUACUCGAUCAAAUUCGAGUACUUUUGCCUUAGUGUGGUUGAGAAAUUACAGUUCAAGAUGGAAGGAAGCCAUGUUGAAGAAGAAUAAGAGGCGUUCGACAGCAGCUAAAGAGGAAACUCCUGUUGUUGUACCAGAUAAAAGAAUAUUGAUGCUCACAAAUGGUAGUCCAUUUUUGGUUCAAGAUUUUUCUGAUGCCUUAAUUAGCAGUUCUUCUAGCUCCCAUUUUGAGGGGUUUUGUAAUGAAGAGAUAUUGAAUGAGAUUGAUGAAGAGAUUAGGUGGGAUGCAAUGUUUCAAAACUUGAAACCGACUUGAGUAUGUAUUAGUAAUUGAACUCUUCACUUUAGAUUUACUUGAACUGUAUUAAUUAAUUACUUAAAAUUUGAUCCUGGAUUAA